AUGCUUCAUUGUGUGAUCAUUUUAUUGCAUUUAAGAAUUGCUCAGAAAUUUGCCUUUGGUUUAACAUCCUCAUCACUUUUGUUCUAUCAAAUUUCAAUAUUGAGCGCGCUUUUCAAUUUACUAUUAAUUGUUUGGAGAGUUUCGUCUGAAAAUGAUAAAUUUAUUUUCUUUACUUUUUUUAUUUCUUGUCAAGUAACAUUUUGAUAUAUUUUAGUUAUUAUGGCAUGUUGUUGAGUCCAUACUCAAGAGAAAAAUACAAAAUAUCAUCUAAGAAUUUUGCAUUGGGUCCAAUAACUGUUAUUUAGUUUAAUCUAUUGAAUAUUUCAUUUGCGAAUAGUCACACAGCAUUGAACUCUUAAUACAAUUACUGAUACAUAAGAACAAUUGCCUUGAUGUUUUAUGCCCUUGCAAAGAGUGUUAAAUCUUAGAUAUUGACAGAAUUACUUUGUUAAAAGCUUCAAGAAAACAAAAAACUCAAAAGAAGUUUAUAUUAAAAAAAUGGAUUUUGCAUCUUUUUAAAAAUCAAUUUCGAGGGAAACAGAUAAAAAAUUACAAUAGAAAACAAUAUGAUUUAAUAAUUCUCAAUUAUUUGUCAUUUCAAAGAUUUUACCUUGAAAAUCAUGUUUUGACUUGCAAAACUAUUUAUUAGUGUAUUGAAAUUAAAAAACAAAUUCAAAAAAAGGAAAAGAGGUUUGAUGUAACAAAUACCAUUUUAUAUUUGAUAUGGUAAAAAUGCAGAGUAAAAUUGAUGAGUUAAUCGUUGAAACAAAUUAAAAUAAGCCAAUAAGAAUACUUCAUUAUUACUGAUAUCAAUAUUCUGUAUACAUUAGGAGAUUCAAUAAUAUAAAGUUUAUAGCAAGUCCUUCUUAGUCAAAAAAAGUUAUGGUAAGACUACCAAAAAAAUUAACUGAUUAAUUUUGAUCAUUUAUUAAAUGCUGUUGAGAAGGUGUAGAAAUUGAAAAAAGUAUCUCAAAUUUAAUUUGAAGAAUAUUAACAUUAUAGGAAUUAGACUAAAGAAACAAUCUACUCAUUAAAAAUUAAAUUAUUGUAUUAUUUAAUAAUUUACCAAGAUCUUAAAUUAACUUUAAAAAUUUAAUAGCAACUAAACGAACUUGAAUAAGCAUAUCAAUACGAUAUUAAUUUCAACAACUUUAAUGAUUUAUCAUUUCUCACAGGCUAAGCACUCUCAAUUAUUUCUAACAUUAGUCCAGAACACUAAGGCAGAUUAGAGUAAAAAGUAACUGCUGAAUUUAAAUAGUUUUUUGGAUUCAAUGAAGAUGAUGGAUAACCAUUUACUCAUAUAAAAGAUUUAAUGCCAAACAAAUUAGGUAAUGUGCAUUCUGGAUUGGUUGAAAAUUUCUUUUUUAAAGGACAAAGUGAAAGGAUAAAUAAUUCCUCCCUUGCAUUUAUUCUAAAUAACAAAAACCUGAUUGAAUAAGUUAAGUUGUGUUUAAGUUAUUUUUUUCCAGUAAAUCUAAGAGAAUUGUCAUUCUACAUGAUUGCACACAUUCAAAAGACUUCGAAAAUUUAAUAAAAUUAGCAAGAUUAAAAUUUAAAAGGACAUUUGCUUUUGGAUAAAGAGUUUAAUAUAUUUGGAAUGACAUAGAAUAUUUAUCAAAAACUAAAUUACAAGUAUUAUUACAAAAAGAAUCAAGAUGUUGAAUUAAUUAGUCCUGAAGAAAUUUAUAAUAACUGUAGUAUAUUUAGUAUUAUUCCCUAAUUAUAAUCAAAUUUGUAGAAUUACUAUGAAAAGAUGCAAGGCGGGUUUUUGAGAGAAAAUGAAGUAAUUUUUGUUAAAGAAAAAGGGCUUAUGAAAAUCAAUAUCUAACCCAAUAAAUAAUAAGUGUCAGAAUAAAAGCCAGAUCUUAAACGAAUGUCAUUAACUAAACUUACAAAUAAAAAAUUACUUCUCCACGUGAUUGAAUAGACAAUGAUGGCGUAAAAUUCAUAAGCAGAUUAGAAUACAAAAUACUACCCCAUAGAAUUUACUGUGACCUAAAGGAUUCUGCAUCCUUAUAGCAGUGAGUAAAAUUUAGAAUCUUUUUUAUAUUAUUUGAUUGAAAUAGAAUUCUUGGAGGAUUUCAAUGUAUAAGUAGAAUAAAACAUAAAAAGUAAAUAGUUUUUAAAACAGCAACAAGUUACAUCUAAAAAUAUUGAAUUUUAAAGAGGAUCUACAAUAUUGUAAUAUUAAUUUGACAGUGUUAAUCUUAUAGCUAGUGAUAAAAUGAUAUCCCAUAAUGGAGAAGAUUAAUAGAUGAUUUAAGAGCCUCCCCUGAAUAACAAUAGAAGAAAAUCCUAAAUGAAAUUUAUAGAAUUUCAGCAUCAUCUCCAAGAGAUUUAAAGUUAAAAUUCUUCUAUUAUUAAUAUUCCAAAUCGAAUUCAUAAAUUUUUUGAAUUUCUUUAGGAUAAUCGCUAUCCUUCAGUAUUUAUAGCCACUUAUGGAAUAGUCUCAAUUCACCUAUUGAUGACAAUCGUUAUAAUAGCAUUAAUCUGUGCGGUUUAUUUUUUAAAAAAAGUCAUUUAAUCGAAUUGCAUAAUCAAUAGUACAGAAGAUGUGAAUUAUUUUAAUGGUUACAGUUCGGUAUUGUCCGGAUCUAGACAUAUGAUAUUUAAUACUAACUUUUAGAGUCUUUUAGAUCCUAUCAAUAUGAAAGUUGAUAAUGGAAUCAUUAAUAUUACAAGUAAAGAUAGAAUGAAUAUAUCAUGGGAUCUGCUAGUUCAAGGCUCUCAAGGAGUUAUAGGAAAAUUUUAAAAUUAUUCAAAAAUUCUAUAAACGUAUGAAGAUGUGCCUGUGAAUUUAUAUUACCCUGAUUUUUCUCACUAACAAGUAUUGAGCCAAACAGUAAGAAACUUUGCAACUCAUUACACAACUUUAUAUUAAGAGUUGUAUAUGACAUUUUAGAAUGAUAUAUCCUUAAACACGUAUUUAUUGAAUAAUAAUGAAAGCAAUACAGGGUAUUUAAAAUAUUAAAUUUUAGAUUAAGAAGCAGAUAUUUUUUAUAUUUUAAUUAUCAGGGCAUCAUAUCUUUAGUAAAUCAAUCUCUAUAUGAUUGCAAUGAUUACAAUCAUAAAAUAAAUGGAUAAUUCGAUCAAUUAGUUUCAAUUAUUUUUGUAUUGAUAUAUUGUAUAGCGUUGCUGUUUGGAAUGUUCCAUGGUUUAGCAAUUUUAAGAUUAAAAAAAGUAAUUCAAAUUUAUUUAAAUCAAUUUAUAACUAUAGAAUUCGAUGAUUGUGAAUUUAUCAUAGAUUCCUACGAAAGAUUGUAGGAUAGUAUCAAUCAAGAUAAUCUUUUAGUUAAACAAUAUCAUUUCGAUUAAAUUAAAUAAAUUCCUACUAACAUCCUGACAUUAAUACAAUUUUAAGAAACAAAUUAGAUGGCUGUUCUGAUGGAAAACAAUUUAAAUUAGAGUAAUAAAAAUAGAUCUGCGAUGGAAGCUAAAAAAAUGUUUCAUAAUUCGCCAACUCUCUCAAUUAGAAAAUAUAUAAUCGUGUACCUUUUAUUAGUAAUCUUAAAAAUCAGCUUCUCUGCUGUUUUCUAAAUUUAUUAUGAUUAUGUAGCUUCAGGAAUAGCUCCUGCGGCUACAAGAGAAAUUUAAGCUUAGCUUAUGAGAUUAAAUUUUAUAAUCACUAUAAAUAUGUGGGAUACUUAUUUGCUAUAGCAAUUUUACUCUUAAAAUAAUUAUUUUAAUUAUUCAAAUUAAAACAUAAAAAAUAAUUAAUAACUUUUUAGUUUAUUGGAAAUUGAUAAAACACUUUUACUCAAUCAAAUUAAACUUUUGUAAGCUUAUGAUUUAACUGAUUUGUUGUAUAGAAAUGCUUAAGAGUAAAACUAAAAUCUAUUAAUAUCAGAGUAGAAUAAAUAGAUCUUGAUUGGAAAAGAUGUUUGCCUGUUAAUUGGUUGUAAUAUGAGUUCGGAUUUAUUAAAGAAUAGGGUAUUCUCUGAUGUGUUCUUGGAUUAUUAUUAAAUUGGUCUCAUACAAUUAAUUAAAAACACUUUCUAGGUGAUCAUCGAGUAUGACUAUUUGAUAAGUGAUGAGUCCUUAACUCCUGAACAAAGGACUCAAGGGAUAUUUUAAAUGCACAAUUCUAAUAAUUAUCUUUUAUACAUUUUUUAUGGUCUUGAUGCUACGCAAUAUUAAAUUUCUUGGUUUUGUUAAUACUUUUUAAAUUUGACUAUCUCUACUUUAAAUAAAUUAACUGAGUCCAACAUCAUUUACAUUUUGAUCUUUGGUAUCCCUAUGUUACUUUUCACUCUUUAUAUAGAAAUUUAUGUAAUAUUGAGCUUUUCAUAAAAAUUUGAUUUAGGGAGAGAAAGCAUUAGAUAGAUUCCUCUGGAAACAUUAUUUUAGAAAGGAAUACCAAAAAAAUUAUGCUAUCUGAUGAGGAAAUAUAAAUGA